CGCUUCGAUCGCAGUGCCUUCACGAUCGCCGCGUCGUACGCACACGCACCCUUUACGCGUUCCGAAUUUUCCGUGUCGAGUUUUGCUGAAAGUGAAGUUUGCCGGUGGCAUUUAGUGUGUGUUCAUCACGAGCAGGGCAGCAUAAGCGUAUACCGAUACGGGGUGUCAGGUGGUGCUACUAGUUUGCAGAGUGUGUAACGGACUGCUGUGAAGCGGAAAUUCGAGGAAAAAAGCCCAAUCAUUAGUGCGAUAGUGCACGAGAAGGUAAUGAAGUGAAUAAGUGGCGGAGGAAGAGGUCCAAAGGGAGCAACAUCAAUCACCUUCCUCAUCACCAGCUAACGAUGUACCAAUGGAUGUGGAUUGAAGUGCGUGGCCAAUGUCUCCAAGCGGCCAAUCGAGUGCAGCUAACCGAUGCCCCAUUGUGAUAGCGUGUGCAGUGAUUGUGGUUCCAUUGUUGAGUGGAAACAGAACAGAAAUCUAAAUAGAAACAGCCAGAGCGAGAGAGAGAUAGAGAAGAAAAGGGUGUCUUCACAGGUGACCUGAUUAUAUUGGCCGGCAACAAGUGAUACACACAGCGCAGGUCGCCAGUGCUACUACUACGACGUCAGCUCGUCCCUCGAUGCAGCUUGGACGGAGCCAUAGCACGAGCAGCAACUGAAAGUGUCCCGAGACCCGAAGCACGCACGCAAGAUGUCGUACCGGAGCUAUAAUUACCCGUGGUCAUCCAGCUACAGCUCAAGCUCUUCUUCGUCGUACGCCGCAUCUUCCAGCCUACCGAGCUCCUAUCGAAGCUCUAGAUUCUCGACCGAACCAUCAACCACAUCGCGGUUCAGUUCGUUGAGUUCGACGAGCAGCUACCGGCCAUCGUAUGGCGCGAGCACGUAUCGCACGCCCCGGACGGCAACGACUGCCGGUACGACACCCGCCCCCAGCUCCACCGUAUCCUCCUUCAUCAGCCGCUACUCGAACCUGGCGUCCACCGAUAAAGACAAAGAUAAAGCGAAGGAAGAGGAACGCCGCAAGGAGCGUGAACAGAGGGAACGGGAACGCGAAAAGGAGCGCGACCGAGAGAAGGAACGAUUAAUCGAAACGUCCAAAAAGCUCGAAGCCGAAUUGAAGGAAGCCAAACCGGUGACACUAAAAAAAUCCAGCCUUAUCGCGGCCAAAUACGGUUCCACCAAAGACCUUCCUUCUGGUGACGAUGCCAGUGCGUCCACAACGACAACGACAGCGAAGGCCAAGACCGGAGUGUCCACCAGCGGAGUCACCAAACCGAAGAAGGACAAUGCGCCUCCGGUUACGUUCACCACACGGUAUGGGCGUGCCGGGGUGACACGCGAUAAGUCGCGUGAACCGAGCCCCGCAACACGGUCAUCCGGUUCCGGUUCCGGUUCCUCGAGCUCGGUAGCGCCACCCCGGACAAGGCAGCGUGAACCCAGCCCGGCCGCCAUGCCCGUGACGGAGCGAGCUCGUUCACGCGAUCCCAGCCCAGCCGUGGAGAGUAAACGUACCGGAGGGUACGCACUGGCCAUCGCCAGCAAGCUUUCCGGAGCGUCCAAGCAAAGCACCGCAGCACCGCAGAACGAGUACCGGCGGCAAUCGUCGGGCACCGCGUUCGCCCAAACCCGUGCACGAUCCCGUGAUCCUAGUCCAACGGUACGAACGCGCACCUCACGGGAACCAAGUCCAGCGGAGAACCGAAGGAUACAGUUGGCCAACAAAAUGAUUGCGACAGCGGCACGUUCUCGCGAUCCAAGUCCGGCCGCUGGUCAACAACACAAAUUGGCGGCCAAAUCGGAACCAAAACAACGCUUUAGCAGCUCGAUCACAAUCAAACCAACCGCGGGGACAGUCCGAUCACGAGAUCCUAGUCCUGCGCCGAAGGAAUCGAGGAAGAUUCCCACUUUCAAUUCGGCAAACAGUAACAAGCUACGGUCGCGCGAUCCAAGUCCUGCGGCUGGAGGACGAGUGUCACGUGCCGAAACCACGGCCAAAUCCCAAAUCACGCUAGCGAGUAAAAAGACCCGUGAUCCAAGUCCAGCCCUCAGCUUGAAGGUGCGAAGUCGCGAUCCGAGUCCAGCUCAAACUAAUCGUCGCACUUCCCGUGAACCAAGUCCGGCGGAAUCGGUCCGUGAGAAGUACGGGCUGGGCGGUGGAACGGGACCAUACCGACCGUACAGCCGUACCAACAGUACCGGACUCGCUGUUUCGAGCAGUCGAUUUGGAACUGGCAGUGCGAGUCCCGUUCCUAAAAGUCCGAUCGCGGACAUUGCGUUGUCGUACAUGACGUCGAGUGAAGCGAUCGCGGCACGGACUUCGAGACCUUCAUCGCGCCUCAAGUUGAACUCACAGUCCCGCGACAGUCCCUCCCAGUGUUCGUCUCCGUUGACUACGAGUCAGAUCUUUCCACCGGAACCGACCACUCGACGAAAUGGUGCUGCUGCUGCGGUGGCGACAGAGAGCGGAACUUCAAAACCAGAACGUUCCAGCUCCUCCGAAGGAACCUCAACUGCCACUUCAUCGUCAUCCUCCGAAGAGGAGUCGUCGACGGAAGAAACGGAAAGUAGCGUAGAACCGGAACCAAAGAUUUUCAUCGAAGUGACGCUCGUUACGCGCGGAACUUCACCAACGCCUCCCGGCGCAACUCCACUGAUCCGUGCACGCCGAGCGGAAAUGUGUAAAACGAUCGAAAAGACGAUCCAGAAGCAGUUACUGCCGGUACAGACGGCAGAUAAGCAGAUCCAGUCGGACCGAUUGGAUGAUUCCACGCGCUAUCUGCGCUACAAUCAACCAUCGAGCCGGAGUUGGUCACCGAUGUUGGCUUCGUCGCCAACCCUCGGUUAUACGCGCUACUCGAGCGCUUCCUCGCGGUACAGUCGCGACAGUCCCGGUUUGAGCCGGGAACCGAGUGUCUGUUCGACGAAAAGUGAAGCGACGACGGUAUCCUCGCCGUCAGACUCAAAGCCAGCACUGUCCACACUGGCGGCGCGUGUCAAGGAGCUUAGCCUUUCGAAAUCGAGCAGCGCCAGAUCGACACCGAGCCGUGCAUCCCCCGCAGCGGCAACGGGAGCCAAAUCGAGGGUCUCACCUCCGCAGAAACAGAAAUCACCCGAGAAGCCACCACCGGGCCCAACGAAAGAUGCAACCUCACCGGUGAAAUCGGUCGCCAACAAGGACUUCCGGAAGUCGGCAUUAAAUAUGGGACCGGCACCGGAUCGGCCACGCAAAUCUUCGACUUCGUCGUCGUCGUCUUCAUCCAGCAAAUCGACAGGCUCUUCGUCGUCAACCUCGACCGCUACACCGGUCGCUGGACAAGAGAACAACUCUGGCAGUCGUAUUCCACAGCAGAGUAGAGCGAGCCACCAGAAUGGCGUAGCCGGAGUGCGUCGCUCGGAUCGAAGUGCUUCGACAAGCUCCGAGGAUACGAGCGCAGGAUCCGCUUCCGGUACGGACACCGAUCGAGAGGCAUCUGUAAACCGUCAGCUGCAGGAUGAAACGACGAACGAAGGCCAGGAAGGAGGGAACGAAGACUCCGCCGCGAACGCCAACAACGAGCUGCUGAUGCGUGCGAUUCAACUGGCGACAAAUUUCGUGAACAAUCAGAACAGAACAACGUCGACGAGCAGUUGGUAUGACAAUGCGAGCACCACAUCGGUCAUUUCGGAUGGUGCUUUGACGGCGGAUGGUAGCAGAACGGGCUGGGAAGCCGGCACCCACUACAUGGAGAGUAUUAAGGAUGAUUCCAGUGACGAGGAAGAGGACGAAGAGGAGGACGAAGAGGAUGAGCAAGGAGUGAGGAAGCAGGGACCACUGUCGGAGCUACAGCAGGCCACCUGGUGGCGACGAUCAGGGAGUGGCCUCUUCGAGGAGCAUCCACCGGUACAGGCCGUCACGAUGCAAGAAACACUGCCAAGUGCUCGCAGCUUCAGUUACCGUAUCCGUCGGGUCGAAUCUGGUGAAAAACCGUGGUGGUUAGCGGAGGAAAGUAAACCGAGUGCAGGAGAGGAAGAGCAACAGGAAAACAGACCAUCAAGCGGACAGCAAUCGAAUGGAGAGCAGCAGCAGCAGCAGACAACGACGGAUGAUGGCCGUAGUACCGGAACGGCGAGCCUGUUCGAUACACUGAGCCCAUUCCGUCCGAUCCGGGUGACUCGUAUCGAGUCCGGUGAGCGGGCGUGGUGGAUGAAGAGCUCCGAGAAUGUGGCAGCAAAGGCCAAAGAGCUGAGCGAUGGUAGUGGAGGUGCAAGUAAAGAACCUUCGCCAGCGAUCAGUGGUCAGGGCAGCGAUCGGAAGAGCAAAAGUCCCGGCUAUACCGUCUACACACUGGAAGCGGAAGAUGAGGCCUGGUGGGAGGAAGCGAUGGCGGAGUUGAAGCGCAAAGAACAAUCAUCCGCCAGUGGAUCGAGUAGCGGUACCUCUUCCGCGAGCCGUGCAGCUUCGAAGGAAGCGACUCCGGAGCGUGGACGUGGUCAAUCGGUUCGGAUUACGCACGUACGCUCCGGUGAUAAGGCUUGGUGGUUGUACAGCUCAGACAAGGACACGGAAGAUGAGGAGCAGCAGCAAAAAGAGGAGCAGAAAGAUGGAGAAACAGAGGAACAACAGCAACAGAAUGUGGAGGAUACGGGUAGCGGUGGUGGCAGUGGUGGUCGGGCCUCGAGGGCAGACUCGUUGCGCGAGUGUAGCCCGGUGAAAGCGAAACCCUUCCGAAUCACGCGGAUCGAAUCCGGUGAGCAACCGUGGUGGAUGCUGGAAACUUCCUCCGAUGCACCGGCGACCGUUCUGUCACGAUCGGGCUCUCGGUCGAACGUGGUGAGCCGCUCGAACAGCUUCAGCAGUAACUCGAACGCCAACACGGCCAAAACCAGUCCCACAAAGUACCGCAUAACGCGUGUCGAGUCCGGUGAGAAGGCCUGGUGGAUGGACGGAGGAUCCGAGGAUGGACCAUCCUCCGGUGGCAGUCCACGGAAGCUGUCCGCUUUCGUCGAGAAGCACGGUGAAGAGGAGGCCGAUCUGCAGAGUGCCGACAUCGAGGCACAAGUUGAGGCGGAACUGCAGAACAUCACCAAACUGGUGGCUGGGCUGCCCAAGUUCCCGACUGGCGAGUACGCGAUCGAGCAAAUGUCACCCUCGGAAACACCUCCCCUCGGGGAUCGUGCCAGUCCGGAAGGGGUUGAGGAUAGUAGCCGCCGGAUGGACACCGAUCGAGCAUCUUCGCCGUACGAUAACAUUCCGUCAACUGCUGCCAUCACUACCAACACCAAUGGGGCCGCUCAAGGAGCUCCUCCUCCUCCUCCUCCGGUUAUUACGAUCGGUGACAGGAACACGAACACCGCGAUCAUCAAUGGAGGAUCACGGAAGGACACACAAUCGCCGCUCUUCAUUUCGCGCCACACGAACAUCGAUGAUCUGCUCGGUGGUUCCUGCCACCCGCUGAGUCCCAUGAUGGAUCGCAUGUUCAUCAUGGACGAUCUCCAGGAGAUCUCGCCGAAGGAUGUGCGCGUACACGACAACGCGCCGCACUUCAUUGAUUACGAUGUUCAGAGAUCUGGCAGCAUGGCGAAGCUCGACGAUGCGGCGCUACAGGUCUACAAAGAUGGGGACUAUGGAGCCUACCUGGACCUGGAAUCUUCGCUGGCCGAGCAAUCGGAGGACAUCGAGGGUCUCAACACGAAUCGCAAAAACUCCCUGGUCGUCCGGACGCAGCUCAGUGUGCGGGUUCACUCCAUCAUCGAGAAGCUGCUGUCGUCGGAGGGGCGCGAACUGCGCCGUGUGCUGUUCUCGCUGAAGCAAAUCUUCCAGGAGGACAAAGACCUGGUGCACGGGUUCGUGGCGCACGGUGGGCUCAACUGUCUGGUGCAGAUUGGCAGCGAGGCGGACCAAAACUACCAGAACUACAUCCUGCGGGCCCUCGGGCAGGUGAUGCUGUACGUCGACGGGAUGAACGGUGUGAUGAAGCAUUCGCCCACGAUCCAGUGGUUGUACUCGCUGAUUGCGUCCCGCUACCGGCUCGUGGUCAAGACCGCCCUCAAGCUGCUGCUCGUCUUCGUCGAGUACUGCGAGGGCAACUGCUAUCUGCUCGUUAGCGCCAUCCGCUUCGUCGAUACGGCGCGCGCCGUCGUCCCGUGGAACAACAUUAUGCGGCUGCUGAAGGACUACGAAAAUGCCGACACGGAGCUACUAAUCUACGCCACAUCACUAAUUAACAAAACUCUGUCCGGACUGAGCGAUCAAGACAGUUUCUACGACGAGAGUGACUUCCUCGAGCAGCAGGGCAUGGAGGGCAUCAUUCAGCGCUACAUGUCCCGACCCGGCACCGAUCUCGAUCUGCUCGAUCAGCUCCAGCUAUACGAGAGUGUGCUCCGUUUCGAGGACGGCGAAUCGGAUGGAAUCCGUAUCCCAGACAACACGGUUCGGAAAACGCUCCGUUACCGGUCGACCGGCAGUGAUACGACCGAUCGGCGGAAGUCUCGACGUCACAGCACCGGAACGGCUCCACCACCUCCAUCAACAGCACCUCCUCCUCCUCCCCCUCCCCCUCUGCCAGCGUAUCCCAUGUACUCGGCACCACCCAGUGGACCGCCACCUCCACCACCACCUCCGCUACCACCACCAGUGGCUCCGGUCCAGCUGUACGGUGGCCUUCAACUCCCGAAACAACCGACCGGCCACGAUGACGACGCAAGUUCCUCCAGCUCGGCCCACAGUGGCGAUCAUCUGCCAGCCGGCACUGGCUACCAUGAUCCAUCUCGUGGUGACACUACGGGCGUGACACCGGGCCUCCGACGACGCCGGGAGCGUGCCGAACGUCAAAAGACGCUGAUGCGUGAACAGCAGGAACUGGGCCAGCUCCAGAACGGUCUUCCGAUGGUGCCCGGUGAAGAGACGACGGAAAAUGGAUAUCGUGGAGGAUCGCGGAGUAACGGUUUGGCGUACAGUUCGAGGUCCAGCGCGUUGGCCCCAGGAGCAGUCACAGCAUCAGCAGCAGCAGCAGCUGGGGCAUCAGCAGGGGCAUCUCUACUACCACCAACAAUCCACGAGGAAGAGUCACGCCGUGCGAAUGGCAGCAUCCAUAACUGCACCCCCGCUGUGAUGUUGCACAAGCAACCUAACCUCACUAAUCACCCUAGCGGCCCAGAAGGGACGACCAUCGGUAGCGUCGAGUAUCGGAAUAGUCGCAAUUUGCUGCUCACCAAUCGGCACGUGGGUAGCAAUGGUGGCGUCUCGAAUGGCACGGGAACCGGAACAACAACGUCGGCGACGGUCAACGGUCAUCACGAUCGCUACAAAGUAGAUCUCAACGGGAAUGUACGUCCGAGUGGAAGGAAUGGCCUGUUGGCACUCGAGCAACAGGACACCGAGAACAAAAGUCCAAACAUUAACUCCCAGACGAUGGGUGCGAUGGCCUACGGAAGACCUUCGCUGGUGGUUAAUGGUAAGGAUACGCACGCUGAUACGGCUUAUCAUCAUCACCGUCAUCGAUCAGGUGCGGUGAACGGUACC